CAAAGUUUUGGUUAAUCAUGCGCUCCAUAGCCUUUGCCGUUGUAAUCUUUGCCGGAAUCCUGGCCUACAGCAGUGCAGCUCCUCAGCUGAAUUUGGGUUGGCUGCAGGCGCUCCUGGAUAGUACUACGAAUUCGACUUUUAGUUUUGGGAACGACACGGUGAUUAUUGCGGGAGUAGCAAAUGCUAAUGCCAAUACCAAUGAGGCAUCUAUUAGUCCAUCUCCGUCAUCAAACCAAAAUUUUUACAACGGAGGUUAUAAUUACGGAGCUUAUAAUAACGGAGGUUAUUACUACGGAUAUCCCUACUACUACUACUACAAUGGAUACUAUCGCAUGGUUCCCAACGUCAAUGGAGAGAUCGUCGAGGGACCACAGACCAGCGAAGAGGAGUCACAAGAGGUCUCCCACGAGAUUUCCCAAGAUCUAAGUGACGAGGAAUCUGGCGAAGAUCAAACCCACCUGGAUGCUGAAGCAGAUCUCUCAGAGGAUCAGCUCGAUGACGAAGAAGAGGAGAGGCUCGAUUACGAAGAAUAUCCUCAGGAAGGAGAUGAACCAGAGGGUCAAUCUGAGGAGGCCGAUGAGGAAGAGGAUGAGGAGAACGAUCCCGAGGAGGAUGCAGCAGAUCAGGCUUUGGAUGCCUUCGAGAAGGAAAUAGCCGCUGAGGAAGCCAAGCAAGCACACUAAUCUUCAUAAAAAUAUAGCAAUAUUCGACAACUGUUAAUAGGCAACAGGUUGUAACAGCAACCUGUAACAUUCAU